GGCCGAGCGACAGACUGACAUGGGGAGGAGUCCGGCACGGUCGGUUCAGCUCAGGACAGACUGAAGGACAAACAAGCAGAAAACAGCGUCUGUAGUGAAACCUCGACAGAACAAAUCUCCUGAAGCGCAGAAAAUACCUAAUUCCUUCCACUCCUGCAGAUGUCGUUGUCUCCAGUUGCUUUGGCAGCUCGGCGAACGCUCGCUGCUGCGUCACACGCGAGUCACGAGGGAGGAGCAAAAACCUGGAAGAUCCUGACCAUCGUUCUGGCUUUCCCCGGCGUCGGCGUCUGCAUGGCCAACGCCUUCAUGAAGGAGCAUCACCAUGAGCAGCCGGAGUUUGUUCCGUAUUCACACCUGCGCAUUCGCACCAAGAGAUUUCCUUGGGGCGAUGGAAACCACACGCUGUUCCACAACUCUCACGCAAACGCUCUUCCUGACGGCUACGAGGGCUCAGAUCACUGAUCACUAUUAUUAUUGAUUAUCUGAGCUGCUUCAAAUACACCGACGGAACAAAAACCUGCACCGCCAACAAUAAAACAACUUCAUCCUGGA